AUGUCCCGUCCUGCAAAGCUCACCCUCGCCGGCACAACCCUCUUCGCAGCCGCCACCAUCGUCUUCGUGCACUACGGGCAGCAGGCCGAGAAAUCCGCCAUGCACGCAGGCGUCAUCCGCGACAUGGAGCAGCAGCGCCUCAAGAAGGAGCAGCGAGAGCGCCAGCUCGACUUUGACCUGCAGCGCGCCCUGGAGGCCGAGUACAAGAAGGUGCAGAGCGUGCACGACGGUGGUGCUGAGACGGGGACCGAGAAGCCCAGGUAA